AUGGGCAGCAUGUACAAGGCAGAUGCCAUGUACCAGGAGCCACAGCCUCCUGUGACAGAUGUCAUGUACCGCAUGGACCCCCUUAUCAACGUCCCAAGCACCGAGCAGGGGCAGCAGCCCAAGCUCCCCAACGACCGCCGCGGCCGUCUGUAUCAGCGCCAGAUGAAGAACUUGGCCAACCUUCAGCAUCUGCUGACCAUGACAAACUCGCUCCUGGGCGUCGGCCCCACGGGUGCCGCUCCAACGGCCCCCUCUGCAGCGAAACAGGGCAAGCAUGGUCAGGUGCAGCCUGGCGCGGAUCAGGCUGCCAAGAUCAAAGGCAUGUCCGUUGUCGUGCGCUGCAAGCCCUCCAACCCUCCUUACGCCACACUUCUCCUUGUGGAGCAGCUGAAGGCCCAGGGACUCAAUGUCUGCACACCACAGUUCUGGCACUCCAGCCUGGGUGCUGCUCCAGACAGCUUCAAGCCCACCGGGCCAUGCGCAUCGGCUGAUUGCGACCUUCGCCUCACAAUCAUCUGGGCAAACGACGUUAUAAAUCUAUAG